CUCGAUGAUCACUCAGCCGCCGCAGCAGCGCCGUGGCCGCGCGGCCGUUCUGGUGCUCGGCGUGGCCCUCGUCGGCGUGGUCGCCCUGGCGACGUCGCGUGCCGCUCCGCACGCCCUCUUCUCCAGCCUCUUCAAGAAGAAGGACCGCGUCUCGUUCGAGGAUGCGACGGCCUCAUCGCAGUACCUGGAGCUCCCCGAGGGCUGCAAAAUCAGGGGCGGCAUGAUCAUCAAUCUGAUGAAUGGCGUGAUCGACACGGCGCUCAACCACCAGAAGCUGCCCACGCCACCCGACCCGCAGAAGGAGCGCAAGAUGAUCUCGAUGGAGACUGGCACAUCACUCGUCAUGUACAACAAGUCGACGACGGCGAUGCACGUCGGCCACAUUGAGGUGGCGACCUGCUGGAUCCCCGGCCCGGAGGGGAACAAGAUCCUGCCCGACCGUCUCGCCGUCACCGUGACGGGCGUCCUCGGCACGCAGCACCUGCAGUAUGACCUCGAGCAGAACUUCUUCGGCUUCACCCACGGGAUGGGCGGCGGCGAGAUGAAGGUGACGGUGACUGGCUUCCUCCACCUCCCGCUCAUCGACUUGCACGACCUCAACAACACGGUCAAGGGGUGCACGGGCAAGGUAGGGAUGCAGUCGAUGUGGGCGAGCGGGCCGCACGGGAUCGAGGGCGACCCGGUCGCCCUCGACCGCGCCGACGUCGUCGCCGACCAGCAGAUGAUCCACGACAUGUGCUACGGGCCCGCGUACUGGGACGACUCGUUUGGCCCGAAGCCGCCCGGCCUGGUCGGCGCCAUCAACGAGCAGAUCCGCAAGCGCUUCUUCAAGGGCUACGUCGCGCCGCCUCCGCCGCCGUCGCCUCCCUUCGACUGCGACUGCAGCUGGACCGACAAGUUCCCCUGCCCAGGCACCCAGCCAGGCGAGCGCGCGCUCAAGCAGGCAAAGGACGACGGCUCGGCCUGCUUCCACCACUGCUGCCCUCCCCUCAACCUCGUCGACCACGUCGACCUGAACCCCAACGCGUACUACGACCACGAGCCGGCCAGCGCCGCGUGACCAGCCCAGGGGACGGCGCCAACUUGGCGCCGCCUCUCGCUGCCGCGGGCGGGGCAAGGCGGCGGCCUUCGGGUGUGCAGGACUACAGGCGGGCGUGGCGGCGCCGAUCCGCGGCAGAACCACCCCAGAGUUGUACUUGUGAGAGUAGCGCAUGCUGGCCAUCAUGCUCGGCCGAGGCGACGCCACGGCCCCGCUCCCGUCCCUCCCCCUCUUGUCCUCCGGCCCGGCCGGGGCCGCGCCCCCGGUGCGCGGGCGCGGCGGCGGGUCGUGUGUUGUGGGAUGUCUGUGGGGGCCCGAGUGUGGCGUUUGUGCUGGUCUCUCUGUUUGUUUGAUUAUUUGUCACGCCGCCUUUCGGUUUCAUUUAAAUAUCGGCGAUUGAAGGGCUUCCUA